UCCGGUGCUCCGAUGAAGAAGAUAAUUGCCAUCGCCGGCAUGAUGCUGGCUACUGUGUUCAUUGCGGGGGCCCAGCAAGAGGCGGGAGGCUGCAUUGUGGAGACAUCCGACGUUCCCGGUGCCUCGAAUCCCUGCAUCUGCUCCCAGAACUGCGCCUGCGCCGUUAAGUGCAUCCUGAAUGCCGGCGACGGCGCGGAUGACGUCCAGACCUGCUUCGUCGAGUGUGUGCUGAAGAAUGGCUGCGGAGACUGCCCAGGACCCUGGACAAGACCCCUCCCGACCACCUUGUACAAGACCCUGAGGCUGAAGCUGACGAGGCCUAAGGCCUCGAAGACACCUCAAGGGCGGGAGACGCUUCACGUCUUCUUCGACGUGGAGCCCCGCGGCAUGGACACGCCCGUGAUUGAGGUGUACUUGAAUAUGCCCGGGGGAAAAGAGUUGAGUGACAAGUCCGAGCACCACCUGCAUACCUUCCUUGCGACGCCAAACGACAAGGGGGUAAUCAGGGACAUACGCGACGUGCUGUGGAAAAUCGGAGCGGACGGCGACGAGACGGUUGAGGUGUUGUUCGUGCCCAAGGCCUGGGGAGAAAUGGUUACUAUAACCAGUGUCAAGAUCAAGUAGAUGAUUCUGGUGCAGGUCGUCCGUAUACUCUAUAUUUGUAACAGUCGCGGUGUGUGUCCUCCGUUUGUUUAACUACCGUAUUUGCACAAAUAAAGAACAACCAUAUGUGUACAGUGCAAAAAUAAAUCUCUAUUCA